AUGCCACCCAGGUACCCAUCACAAGUUACAAUACCACCAAGUUAUCCAUCACAAGUUACAAUACCACCAAGUUAUCCAUCACAAGUUACAAUACCACCAAGUUAUCCAUCACAAGUUACAAUACCACCAAGUUAUCCAUCACAAGUUACAACACCACCCAGUUACCCAUCACUGGUUACAAUGCCACCCAGGUACCCAUCACAAGUCACAUCACCACCCAGUUACCCAUCACUGGUUUCAAUACCACCCAGUUAUCCAUCACAAGUUACAAUACCACCAAGUUAUCCAUCACAAGUUACAAUACCACCAAGUUAUCCAUCACAAGUUACAAUACCACCAAGUUAUCCAUCACAAGUUACAACACCACCCAGUUACCCAUCACUGGUUACAAUGCCACCCAGGUACCCAUCACAAGUCACAUCACCACCCAGUUACCCAUCACUGGUUCCAAUACCACCCAGUUAUCCAUCACAAGUUACAAUACCACCAAGUUAUCCAUCACAAGUUACAAUACCACCAAGUUAUCCAUCACAAGUUACAAUACCACCAAGUUAUCCAUCACAAGUUACAAUACCACCAAGUUAUCCAUCACAAGUUACAAUACCACCAAGUUAUCCAUCACAAGUUACAAUACCACCAAGUUAUCCAUCACAAGUACCCAUCACAAGUUACAUCACCACCCAGUUACCCAUCACUGGUUCCAUUACCACCCAGUUAUCCAUCACAAGUUACAACAUCACCCAGUUACACAUCACCAGUUACAAUGCCACCCAGGUACAUAUAACAAGUUACAACAUCACCCAGUUACCCAGCACUGGUUACAAUGCCACCCAGGUAAUCAUCACAAGUUACAGCAUCACCCAGGUACCCACCACCGGUUAUAAUUCUGCUCAUUUAACAACCAUUGUUUACAAUGCCACCCAAUUCACCAAUUACAAUGACAACAAGGCACCCGGCGUACUUACAACAUACCCUAGGAGUAUCCAUCAAAUGCAACAUGGGCAACCUUCACUAGUUGCAAUGCCACCCAGUUACCCAACACCAUCUGGGUACCCACCACAUUAG